CAAUCAUCGCAUGUUUCCUGGCAGCCAAUCACGAUGGCACUUGCAUGUUGAAAACGGCAAUCCAGCUUGAGCCAAUAAUUUGGGUCUAGGUUAUUCUCACCGCUCUAUCCGUAUUUUCGCAUCUUUCGAGACGAUCAAAACCGGGUCAAAGAUCCGGGCCAGCCUUUUUGUUUUUUCGGGUCGCCAACCAAACUGGCGGUGGAGGAUAUGGGCCGAUACCAACAUGAAGGAGGAGAUAGGGGCAUGAGAUCAUGCCCAGAGUCAGCCUCCUAAAUCAAAGCAUAUGGGAGAGACUCGGGGGAAAUGUCUCAUGAGGAUGCAGGAACCAAGACAAAAACACCUUUUAUAUCACAACUAGUAACGAGCUGAACCUUUCGAUACACAACGACUCAUGCGAAACCGACACUACAGAUCCAACGAACCAAGUUCCUCCACGUUCCAAGGAUCUCGUGCAAGACACAUACACCUACAUGUCAAAGAGGACCCCAAGGUGCCACCGGCAGACCGCAUCGUCUUCCGGCUCAUGAUGGAAGGGCGUUUCAGAGGGGAGCACGGCCAACUCAUGCAAUGACUCGGAAGGACUAACUAAAGCCAUUUUAAUCGUCUUCUGUCUAUAACUUCUCUUCCUAUUAUUCUCUCCUCCUUAUAAAAAGACCGAAAACACAUACUCGCUUAUGAUAUCUUUUCCACGGUCUACUCAACAUUCCAAAAUCAAGUGCACUUUCAGAUAAACAGCUCAUCCUUCAUAUCAACACCUCGAGAAAGGGCUCGACAUCAUUUUCCGAAUAUGCAACUACUCUGCACUCCCUCCAUCUCGCUGGUCCGCGCCGCUAGGUCCUUGCGCAACCGACUCAUCAGGAAAACCCUCCUCCCAGCCCGUGCAGCAGCAGCCUCCGUACGCAACUCAAUACACUUCUCCUCACCAUUCUCGUCACAUUCCCACGACAAGCUCAAACACCAAGCUCGACCUGCCUCCCUUGGCACUGUUGCUGUGCUUGGUAAUGGGCUACCCACAGGCAUGGAAGGCCACGCCGCUGUCAGAGAGGGCCAAGGUUGUUCGAGAGUCCAGAAGCAUAUCAGCCCCUUCUACCAACAAUGGGAGCAAGGCAGCCUCAUGUUCCAGAAGAGCAAGUUAUUGUAGGACGGACACCAUUGAAGAAACAAAGUAUAGUCGUCGCAGGCUGAUCUAAUGAUUUUGUUGUUUUGUCUUAUCGUCUUUGCGUUAGAAUGUUUAGUUAAGUAUUGGCUUCGUUUGUUUGGUGAGAUUGAUUGGCUUUGAGCGUUAGGUCUGUCAAACAUAGUCACUCAGACUGACACCCGAAUACAAAAAAAUCCCAUUUCGUAUCAUCACCACAGACACAUCUCAAAAAGCCUGGGCACCAAUGUACGGAAGCAAACUAUUUUUUUUUAUGAUUCAAAGCUGGU